CUCCACAAAUCAUACAUUCAUGAAAAAAUUUUGGCAACAAGAUAUGCAUGAGAAAAUCACCUCUGGGAUUCAUCUGAUAUCCAUAAUCUCAACAUUUUCCCUGCUACAUGAUGCUGCAGCUUCUGUAGCAAAGCCUAAUUGCCCUGACAAAUGUGGUAAUUUGACAGUUCCUUACCCGUUUGGCAUCGGAAAAGGCUGUUAUCUAAGCAGAUCAUUUGAAGUUAAAUGCAACACUUCAUCGUAUUCUGGUAGCUUUCCUACGAUUUCUGACGACAAGGUCUAUGAGAUUGCACAACACCAUGUUAUUGUUCAUGGUCACCUUGUUAUUCCCUUCGUCUAUAAUAAGUCAUCCGGUGAAAGUGAAUAUUCAGUAGGUUUCUUCAUAUCCAGUGAUGAUCUGACGGAUGAUUUCAGUGUUUCGCACACUGAAAACCAAUUUGUAGCUAUAGGAUGUGAUAUAUAUGCUUAUAUCACUGACUUGAGGACUAGUGAUAUUGUCAGCGGCUGUCCAUCCUUGUGCAAAAAUUCAUCGACUAGUCCGAUGGCUUCUUCUUCGUAUUGCUCAGGAAAACGUUGCUGCCGGGACACUAUCCCAAAGGAUCUCAGAGAUAUGGAGUUUUACGUGCAGACUAUGAAUACCUGGGAAAGAUCAUGGGAAUCUGAUCAAUGUGGCUUCGCUAUGGUUGUACAUAAGGAUUUUUCUGGCUUCAACAAGUUUAACUUUUCAGACUGUGCCGUCGAUUCUCAUCGUGCUCCUCUAGCUUUGGAUUGGGGAAUUGGAAACAUUAGCUGCCAUGAAGCUAUCAAAAAGGGUACUUGUAUAUGUGGGCAAAACGGCGAGUGCAUAAAUUCAAGUAGAGGGGUGGGAUAUUCAUGCAGGUGCCUCACAGGUUAUCAAGGGAAUCCUUAUCUCCACGAUGGAUGCCAAGAUAUCAAUGAGUGUGAAUCUCCUGAAAAGAAUAAGUGCCCCAAAGAGGCUCGCUGCGUUAAUACUCCAGGCAGCUACUACUGUACCUGUCCACCAGGUUACCACAAAGGGAGAAAUUUUGGUCCAUCAUCACCACAUGCAUGCCUGCCAGAUAGAGCAAUGCUUAUAUUCAUUUCUUUAGGGAUUGGACCGGCAGCUGGCUUUCUAAUCUUGGUAUCAAUCUUCAUUUGGCUGCACCGUAAACAUAAGAGAAUAGAAGAAGAGAAAGCCAAAAAGAGGUUCUUCAAGAGAAACGGUGGAUUGCUGCUACAACAGCAACCAUCUUCAAGUCAGGGAAGUGUAUCAGAGACAAAACUUUUUGUCACACAAGAGCUGGAAAAGGCAACAGACAAUUUCAAUGAAAGUCGUAUUCUAGGCCAAGGAGGACUUGGUACUGUCUACAAAGGAAUGCUAUCAGAUGGUACUAUUGUCGCCGUGAAGAAAUCAAACAAAAUUGAUCAGUGUAGAGUGUCACAGUUUAUCAAUGAAGUUGUCAUUCUCUCACAGAUAAAUCACAGACACAUACUGAAAUUAUUAGGUUGUUGUUUGGAAACUGAAGUUCCGUUGCUUGUUUAUGAAUAUGUGUCAAAUGGCACCCUUUCACAGCACCUUCAUGAUGACCCUGGCGCCGGAAUGAUCAAUUGGGAGAAUCGUCUGCGUAUUGCAACGGAAGUUGCAGAAGCACUUGCUUAUUUGCACUCGUAUGCUUCCACAGCCAUUUUCCACAGGGAUAUAAAGUCAAGCAACAUAUUGUUGGAUGAGAACUAUAAGGCAGUGGUCUCAGAUUUCGGGCUUUCGAGGUCAGUGCCUAUUGAUAAAACACACUUAACUACGCUAGUCGGAGGCACGUUUGGUUACUUGGACCCUGAGUACUUCCGGUCAGGGCAACUCAACGAUAAAAGUGAUGUUUACGCCUUUGGCGUAGUUCUUGCCGAACUUUUAACUGGGCAGAAGGCUGUUUCUUCAGAUAAAUCUGAUGAAGGUCUGGUUAUUCGGUUUAGACAAGCAGUAAAGGAGAAUCGAUUAUUUGAAACUGUGGAUAAAAUGGCUGCGGAUGAAGGACUAGAAGAGGAAAUUCUUGCUGUUGCUACGCUUACCAAAAGAUGCCUAAAACUCAAUGCGAGGAAAAGGCCAAGCAUGAGGGAAAUAGCUACAGCACUUGAACAAUUGAGGAGAAAAGAAGGGUCAAUUGCAAGAGAAAGUUUACAGGAUGGUUUUUGCUCCCUGAGUGAAAGAUCUUAUUGCUGCAAUGUUGAUUCCAUUACUGAAGAUAGCCUAGAGUAGUUUUAGAUGCACUCAUGGAAGUUUUCUUUUUUUUCAUGGAAGUUUUCUUUGUUUCUGAUUCUCAUGGAUGUUUUUUUUUUUUUUUGGCUUAGCUUUAUGUUCUGUCUGACAAAUAGAAAAAAAAAAAGAAAAAAAAACCUGUUAAGUGUUUCUUCCCACAAAAAAAAAGACAAUGAAGUUUUCUAUACUAAUUUGGAGUACAUACUUUG